AUGCAGCAAGUCAGACGGGCAGAGGAAGAAACCCAAGGAGACAAAAACAGAGCUCCUCCUAGAGAAACUGCGGCAUCGGGAAGAGUUUAUCGUGCACGUGAAUCUUACACAGGACGAGAGGUGGCCAUAAAGCAAUUGAAAUUCCUAACCACACCAGUAAAACGUUUACUAAGAGAAAUCCUGAUCCCGAAGGAGAAUAAGCAUCCCAACAUUGUGAACUAUUUAGAGAGCUACAGAGUCAAUUCUCACCUCUGGGUGGUGAUGGAAUACAUGUCUGGAGGCUCUCUGGCUGGCCUCGUUCAUAAUGUGCGUAUGCAUGAAAGACAGAUAGCAGCUGUCUGCAGGGAGUGCCUGCAAGGCCUGGCUUUCCUUCACUCAAACCAAGUGAUCCACAGAGACAUCAAAAGUGACAAUAUCCUCCUUGGAAUGGAUGGAUCUGUCAAGCUGGCUGAUUUUGGCUUCUCUGCUCACACCACCCCUGAGAAGAGUAGGAGGACAUCAAUGGUCGGGACUCCUUACUGGAUAGCACCGGAAGUGGCAAGAGAAGAACCAUACGGCCCUAAAGUGGACAUCUGGUCACUUGGCAUCACGGCAAUAGAAAUGGUGGAAGGAGAACCUCCUUACUUGGACCAACGUCCUCACGAGGCGAUAAAACUGAUAGCCCAGAACGGAACACCAAAGCUGAAGAACCCCGGGCAACAUUCCCUGCUGUUGUGUGACUUUCUGAACUGCUGCCUGGAGGUGGAUGAGAACAGGCGAUGGUCAGCUGAGCAGCUUCUGGAGCAUCCAUUUUUACAAUCAGCCAAGUCGCUCUCCAGUCUGACUCCUCUCAUCAUGGCGGCAAAGCAACUGAAUGAGAAGAGGAGGAGGAGACACUAGCGCUUGUGGCCAACGUUCUGCUGUGGCACCUGCUGUGGGAGGAAGAAGGGAUUUGGAGUGCUCCCCCCGGCUCUGUCCCUGGAAGUUUGAAUGGGGGAAGAAGAAGGCAGGAAGCUGUUUUCCCAGCACUUCCCACCUCCUGGAGAGGCUUCUGCUUGUCCAGGAAGGGGAGUUAACCCUUUCUCGCCUCCUAGGCAGGAGGCAAAACACUAAGUUGUGGCAGCAGUGGCUCAGGCAGUUCUUAUGGUCAACAAUCAUUGGGGGAGCUACAGCAGCCCCAGGAUUAAGACCUUCUGCCUAGCUGAGCCAACAGUGGUCACUGAGCACGUGCCAGGAGGGACCAAGGAUAAUUCCUUGUCCCAAAUUCAAGUGGGCCAACCUGUGCUGGUUAAUGUGCUCUCUAGUGGGGUUGUGCUCAUGAUACUGGCUAAGCCCAGGGGCUUAUAGGCCUGGGAAGCCCUGGAUGCUAAUGGGAGGACCCACUGCAUAAGUGUGAGGUGAGUUGUCCCCAGCUAUUAAUUGCUAAGCCCGGCUACUACGUGCCGAGGCAAGUUUCUCUCUUUGCAGGACUGAGGCCAGGCCGAGGACCAGAUUCCGGGACAUGGACCAGUACCUGACCAGCACCUGGGAGAGGAAGGACCAUCUACACAGGAGACGGAGGCACAUCACACCGAUGUGGCCAGUGGAUGAUGGCGUCAGGACUUGGAAAGCAUGACCUCCAGCCAUGGACUCAAAGCAGCAGCUGUGUCUACAGGCACUUUGGACUUCGGCGGGUUUCGUUCGCGUCUGACUUAAUGCCGCGUGGAUCCACAACGGGAUAUUGCUUGCAGUUUCAGAGGCUGCCGCAGAGAAAUUCAGCAGGGAUCACUGCUAAAGUCCUGCUUCACCUCUCCAGUUAGCUCCCAACUACAUCAGCAGCUCAGAGCAGGACUGAGAAGAAAACCCUCAACCCAUGUGCUGCAGGACAGAUGGAGGGGCAAAGAAACCAGUGGUCAUACUCCUGGUGGCUAAGAGGGGGAGCAACUCCGACCUGCGUCUGUAGUGUUAUUGUUGUUGUUAUUUUUGCUAUUAAUAAAAUACAAUCAUUUCUGUUAUCA